AUGGAGAUGGAUUGUAGUUCUGGAGAUGACAAUAACGUCAAUUGUCAAAAUAAGCUAAAUUAUGAUUUACAGGAUUUAUUCAAUUAUUACAUUUCAUGUUUAUUAUGUUUUCCACCAACAAUUACAUCAGAUGAGGCAAAAAAUUUGUUAUCAGGUGCCAAUACUGAAUUAAUUUCUGAAAGAUUGGCAAAUUAUUUACAUUCCUUGAUUGAUAAGGAACCAUUGAUAAUAUUGGAAAGAUUUAUGAUUUUAUUAGAUGCAAUGGAAUAUUGUGUAAAAGAAGUUUGUCAUUUGGUAACAGAAAAUAAAACAGCUGAAAAAGAUAUGUGGAGUGUUAUAAGAGGAGCAUUGAAAUCAUUUCCAUGUUGUAGUGCUUUAUCAACUCUUUUAGAAAAAAUAUUAACUUUAAGUUUUUAUGCCAGAAGUCAAAUGAAAGAUAAAAAAUCAAUUUCAAGUGAAAUUUAUCAUGAUAUUUACAAAUUAACACUUAAUUUUUUAAACUUAUUUUCAAAUAAAGAUACCUUAAAAAUGGAAGACACUAUUUCUAAAAUCAUUAUUAAUUGUGCUGAUGAUUUUAUUAGAAUGUCAAAUAGUCACAAAAAAAUGAAUCUUUUAAAAAAACAUAUUAUAAGGCAAUUAGCUAGAAAGACGGGACCUGUAUUUUCAUGGUUAGGUGAAUUAGAAUUAAGUAAUGAAAAGGAAGUUAAAUUAUUUUAUCAAGUUAGGGCUGAAUAUUUUUUAUUGACAAAUAUUUCUGAUUCUAUCUUUGAUGCUAUUAUUGCUUAUCCUGAAACAGGAAACAAUAUAAAAAUUAUUGGAAAAUUUAUGAGUAAAUUUGGUGUUCAAGGAAGAGAAAUGAUUUCAAAAUGUAUAAUAGAAUCUAUCAAUAAGCAAUUGUUACAUGUUGGUGUUAGUACAGAUGUGAUAUUAAGAGUAUAUGCUUCAUGUGUUGAGUCAAUAAAAAUUCUUGAUAAUACAUGUGUUAUGAUGCACAAAAUAUGUAAAAUUAUAAAAGAUUAUAUUAAAAAAAGACCGGAUACAGUUAGAAGUAUAGUUAAUUAUUUAAUUAAUGAUUCUGGAAGUGAUUGGCAUACAAAAACUCAACAAAAUUCUGCAAUGAUUGUUGAUGAAGAAGAUAUGGCUCAAGUUAAUGAUGAAUUUUUACCUUCUAUUGAAGAGAAUACAAUUAAACAUUGGCAAGAAUGGAAUCCUGAUCCACCAGAUGCUCCACCUGGUGAUAGUAGAUUUUAUAGACAAAGUGCAGACUUGUUUAAUAUGCUUGUGUCAAUUUAUGGAAGUAAAGAACUUUUUGUCAAAGAGUAUAGGCAAUUAUUGGCAGAGAGGUUGAUUGAAGAAGAAUUUGCAGAUAUUGAUGCAGAAAAAGGAUAUCUUGAACUUAUGAAAAGAAGAUUUACUGAUGGUGAAUUACAGAAUUGCGAAGUUAUGUUAAAGGAUAUCAAAGAUUCCAGGCAUACAGAUUCAAAACUUAUUGAGAAAGAUAAUGUUAAGUUUGCAACUCAAGUUCGUGUAAUUUCAAAACAUUUUUGGCCAAAAAUUGAGUAUACAAACUUUGAAAUGCCAGAAAUUUUUAAAGAUGCUAUUGAUAAAUAUAAAAAUUCAUUUGAAGAGUUUCGUGCUUCCAGAACACUUACCUAUUACAAUACUUCUGGUAUGGUUGUUAUGAAUGUUGAGUUGAAUGGUGUAAAUAUUGACAUGUCAGUAACAAUUAUUCAGGCUUGUGUUUUGUUAGUUUUUCUUGAAAAAGAAAAUUACAAGGUAUCAGAGAUAGUUGAUUUAUUAAAGUUACCUAGAAAUAUGGUAAAAAAAGCUUGUGAUUAUUGGACAUGUCUAGGAUAUUUAGUACCAUCAGAAGUAAAUGAUGAUGAUGAUUAUAACAUCGUUAAAACACCUAUUAAUUCAGAAAAAGUUAAGAAAAUUUUAUCAAAUCAAGAUCAAGAAAGUGAUGAGGAGGAAACUAAUACAGAUGACUGUACAAUAAUUGAUAGUUUAGAACAAUACUGGAAUUAUACAAGAAAUCUAAUUGCUAAUAGUAGUGAAGGCAUUAAACCGGAACGUCUUCUUCAAUUAUAUAAAAUGUUUAAUUCUCCAAGUAAACGUGGACCUUCCCUGGAUCAUGUUGUAAUGCUCCUUCAAAGAAAAGUUAAACAAAAUAUUCUUUCUGUAGAAAAUGGUGUUUAUUUUGUAGUUAAAGAUAAUAAUCAAACAUAA